AUGUUGGGAAAAAUUCGUUGCCGAAUACGGACACAACCACUAGCUAAUAAUUGUAAUAUAGUGCCAUUAUCGAUAGCAUUAUCCAAACAGCAACUUGUUGCUCAUUCUUUGAAUGAAUCUCAAAACUGUGCCGAAGCAUUACCUUAUGAAUGUACCUCUUCAAUCAUUCAUGGAAAACAAUAUCCUAGUUUGAUCGCCAUUGACAUUGAUGAUAAUGAAUUACCACAAGAACAAACGACAUUUACAUAUGUGAAACAGCCAACAGACGAAGAAUCUAUACGUGAACGUCGUCAAAAAAAACGUGCUAAACGAUCUGAGGAAAAGAAACGUAAAAUAGAAGAAAAAAUAAAUAAAGCAAAUCAACGUUGGCAAAAAUAUUCCAAUAUUGAUUAUGAACUUGUCUUUUUCAUUUCACGAUAUUAUGAUCAAUUACCAUUAUGUUUAAAUUGUCGAAAUUAUUUUACAACUCAUCAAGUACAAUUUUUAGCCGAUGAUCCUCGCGCAUCACUUGACUAUGCAGCUGAAGACGUUUUACGUUCAUCAAGUAAUAAAACAUUAACACUGAAAAAAGCAGCUAAAGCAAGAUUAAUUAAAGAUUAUGAUAAACAAACAAGUAUUAUAUUUAAUCUUUGUGAUACAUGUUUAACUAGAUGUGAACAAAUUCGAAAUGAACUCAAACAAAUCAAUUAUUCUCAAAAAAUGUCAAAUGAAUUUAAUUCACCAAAUCUCAAUAUGAUGACAAUGACAACACCUGAUUUACAACAACAAAUCAUUGUACCGCCUUCUCCCAAUAUCCUCAAUAUUGAUAAUUAUUCCUAUUCACCUUCUAAUUCCCCCUUUGUUUCACCUUCAACAUGGAAUACUGAUUUAAAUCAUCAACAAAAAAUAACUUCUCCAUCGCAUCAAAAUACAAUCGCUGAUUUUAAUCAACUUUAUGUAAAUAAUGCUAUACAAUAUCAUCAAAUAAAAUUACAAGAACUCUAUCAACAAAGUCAAAAUAUUAUUAUUGCUCAACAAUAUCAAGAAAAUUAUCCAUUAACAAUUGAUCAACAGCAAUUACAUCAUGAUCUUCAGUCAUGUAUAAGACAAAUGCAGUAUCAUUGUCUAGAAACAUUACAUCUUCAAUAUCCUGGUUAUUCACUUUCAUUUCCAUAUACACCAUCAUACAGUCCAAAAUAUUUGUCCUAUCGAUGUCAAGAGAUCGAUGAUGAAAGUAUUGAUUCGGAAAAUUCUUCCUUUAUCAGCGAGAAAGAUAAUGACAAUCAAAGAAAUGUGAAUAUUGAAGACGAAAGUGAUACUUCUAUUACUACUAGUAGUGAUAACAACAGAUUUUGUACAGAUGAAUAUGAUGGAAAUCAACCAUCGAUGGAUGAUCGACUUACAAUAGAAACAUGUCAUGGACUUGUUGAAUAUUAUCGUAAGUUAAUAAAUCAAAACAAUCUCAAUAAAAAGAGAAGUUCUUCAAAUGAUUAA